AUGUCUGAUUUACAUCAUCUUUCUUCACCUUGGAUCUUUUGGUUUGAAUCAGGUAAAGACUCUGAUCGUUCUACUAGCAUUACUUCAUUUGGAGAACAAAUACAAACAAUUUGUACAAUAGAAAAUUUCUGGGGAUUUUAUGAAGAUUUUCCAAAUAUUACUUCUGUUUUAAAAGGAAGUGACUCUCAUUUCUUUAGAGAUAAAAUAAGACCAACCCAAGGAGAUGAUGAAAACAAAAAUGGUGGUAGAGUUGUGUUCUCUUUUGACCUUAAAACUCAAGAACAAACAGAACAUGUAGAACAAAUUUGGUGUAAAUUAUUAUGUUACUGUAUUGGGGAAAUAUUUAAUCAACAUGAAGACGUUAAUGGUGUUUCAUUCUCCAUGAGAAGCCAAGCAAAAAUUACUAUUUGGUUAAAACAUAAUGAUGAAAAUAAUGUAAAAACAUUCGUCGAUGAUUUGAGAAAUGACUUUGCUAUUACAAAUAAAUGCAAAUUCUUUGAUCAUCAAAAACAACUUGCCAUGCCAAUUGAAUUUUAA